CAGCAGCGGCAGCAACAGCAGAAACAACGGCCUGAUGAGCAUCAGCAGCGUGAUAUAGCCAGUUUUCACCGCGCAAUGCGUCAGCUACAGUGGCCUCUCAUGAGGGCAGAUAUGUGCGCAUUCUUUGAGCAACAGCUAAAGGGCCCUGCGACGAGCCUGCAGCAGCUGCAGCAGCAGCACGAUAAGCAGCAACGGGGUCAGAAACAUCAGGAGGGCGUGUCCUUCUGGCGAAGCAGUACUGUUGAUGUGGACUGUAUGCCGUGGGAACGAUUUGUCAGCAGCGAGCAGCUACAAGCCUCAGGGUUUGUCCCCGCAGUCAUCAAGGGCCAAGGGCCUUACAGGCGCUGCGCCAUCCCGAGGGUUGCCCUGGAAGCCCUCGCCUUCGACGAGGCAGAAGGCCAUUUGUCUCUCUUAUUUAGCGCCCGGCUUUUCCGGCUGCGUAUGGGGGACCUCAUCGAGUGCUGCGUGGCGAAGGACGUGAAGGCGGACCCGUUGGCACGGCAUCUGUAUUUUGUGGGCUUUGAGCGACACGUGGAAGGAAAACUCACUGAAGUAUCGCUGCCCCUUACCCUUGUUGGACUCCUGGCCUGCCCAGCAUAUCAUAAAGGAUACCACGUGGAGCUGGCAAAGCCAACAGUUCCAGUGCAGUUUGUGGGGCUGGAGCCGCCGCCUCCCUUUCUGGUGGAUGUCUCGGAAUUGGAGUUCACCCCACCUUAUAGUGCCAUCACGGUGGACUGCCUGGCUAGUCAGUUACCUACGGAUGGCACUGCUCGUUUCCCUCCAUCUUUAAGUCCCAAGGAGGAGGUAGCGUGGGCAUACGAAGUUGGCUCGCUGCCGGAGGCUUCCCUGCCUCCCGACUGGAAAGAUCCUAACUUUAUUGACAGGAGAGGUAAUAUGAUGGAUGUCUGGUACCACCGCAAGUUCCCUAGGCCUUCCUAG